AAUUAAAUGACACGAAUGUCUAUAUAUUCUGUGAUUAAACUCUCGUUACAAUUAUUUCACUCACAAUAACUGAUCAAACAUUUUAUGCUAUUUUAUUUGUAUUACAGUCAUCUGACUACAAGUAUUACUAAUUAUAAAAGUAAUUAUAAUGGAAAUGAACGGACAGGUAGUGGCUCGGAAUGGGCUGACCGAUCGCACCGGUAGGAAAGUAGCAUUAAUUACCGGUAUCACUGGACAGGACGGCUCGUAUUUAGCGGAAUUCCUAUUGGAAAAGGGCUAUGAUGUGCACGGAAUCAUACGGCGGUCCAGUAGUUUCAAUACGGGACGCAUACAGCAUCUGUACGACGACCCCUACACGCAUCAAGGGGGCUCCAUGCGCUUGCAUUACGGCGAUAUGACGGACAGCUCGUGUUUAGUGAAGAUCAUACACGACAUCCGGCCCACAGAGAUCUACAACCUGGCCGCUCAGUCCCACGUCAAGGUGUCGUUCGACCUGAGCGAGUACACGGCCAACGUGGACGCCCUGGGCACCCUGCGCAUACUGGACGCCAUACGCACGGCCGGACUCGAGCCCACCGUCCGCUUCUAUCAGGCGUCCACUUCGGAACUGUACGGCAAAGUACAGCAAAUACCGCAGACAGAGACCACACCAUUCUAUCCGCGUUCGCCGUACGGUGUAGCCAAACUGUACGGCUACUGGAUUGUCGUCAACUAUCGCGAGGCGUACAACAUAUUCGCAGUGAACGGCAUACUAUUCAACCACGAGAGCCCCCGUAGGGGCGAGACGUUUGUCACGCGUAAGAUCACCCGAUCGGUGGCCAAGAUCUCGCUGAACGAGAUGGACCACUUUGAGCUGGGUAACCUGGACGCCCGACGCGACUGGGGUCACGCCAGGGACUACGUGGAGGCCAUGUGGCUGAUGCUGCAACAGGAUGUGCCCCAGGAUUAUGUCAUAUCGACGGGCGAAGCGCAUUCAGUCCGC